GCUCAGGGUCAGCUGUGACACACACAGAGGCGUGUACAAUCUUAAAUACACACAGUCAACUAAGUGAGCCUCCGGCAGCAACAAGGUCUUGCAGACUUGCUGGGUAAAAAAAAAAAAAGACAGCUCUUAGCAUUCAGCUCUGCACAUUACACAAAGGAACAGAUUUCCCAUUCCAGCUUUAAACUGUUUUAUUUAACACUACAACAUGAAUGGACCAGCAGAUGGUUGCAAUGACCACUCAGUGGAAGAUGUUGGAGUUUUCAUGUUCACGUCAGAAUCUGUGGGCGAAGGACAUCCUGACAAGAUCUGUGAUCAGAUAAGUGAUGCCGUUCUAGAUGCUCAUCUACGGCAAGAUCCUGAUGCUAAGGUUGCUUGUGAGACAGUAUGCAAAACUGGAAUGGUAUUACUCUGCGGUGAAAUCACAUCCCGAGCUAAUGUAGAUUACCAGAAGGUAGUUCGGGAUACCAUCAAAUACAUUGGAUACGAUGACUCUGAAAAAGGUUUUGAUUAUAAGACAUGCAACGUGCUUGUAGCUCUAGAACAACAGUCUCCAGAUAUUGCUCAAGGUGUACAUUUAGAUCGUAGUGAAGAAGAUAUUGGAGCUGGUGAUCAGGGUUUGAUGUUCGGCUAUGCAACAGAUGAAACAGAAGAGUGUAUGCCACUGACUAUUGUCCUCGCCCACAAGCUAAAUGCAAAGCUGGCAGAAUCAAGGCGCAAUGGGGACCUGCCAUGGCUUAGACCAGAUUCAAAAACGCAGGUGACAGUAAAGUAUAUCCAGAAGAAUGGAGCUGUUAUCCCUAUCCGUGUACACACCAUUGUAGUAUCCGUACAACACGAUGAAACCAUCUCUCUAAAUGAAAUGAGGGAGGCCUUAAAGGAGAAAGUUAUAAAGGUGGUGGUCCCUGCCAAGUACCUUGAUGAGAAGACUAUAUACCACCUACAGCCCAGUGGACGUUUUGUUAUUGGUGGCCCUCAGGGCGAUGCUGGAGUCACUGGUCGGAAGAUUAUAGUUGACACAUAUGGAGGAUGGGGUGCACAUGGUGGUGGAGCAUUUUCAGGGAAAGACUAUACUAAAGUGGAUCGUUCUGCUGCCUAUGCUGCUCGUUGGGUGGCUAAAUCCUUGGUACAUGCUAAGCUCUGUCAUCGUGUCCUUGUUCAGGUGUCUUAUGCAAUUGGUGUGGCCCAACCAUUAUCCGUUUCUCUGUUCACCUAUGGGACCUCUGAAAAACAUGAGAAGGAGCUACUGGACGUUGUCAAUAAGAACUUUGAUCUGAGACCUGGAGUCAUUGUCAGGGAUCUAGACCUGAAAAAGCCUAUAUAUCAAAAGACUGCAUGUUAUGGUCAUUUUGGCAGAGAAGAUUUUCCAUGGGAAGUGCCAAAGGAGCUGGUCUUUUAACCAAUGCUAUAGGAACUAAUAGGACCAUUCUCAUUCAGGAAUUCCAUAUUGUUGUUAUGUACAGUUGAUUGAAUUGGCUGAAAAUAGAAAUGAAUACAAGUGAAGUGAAUAACUUCAAGCCAAAACCUAACACUUUAUCUACUUCACAAUUCCUUUUCAGCGAGCUGAAAAAUUAUUUAUUUUUUUCUCCAUUUGGAUAACAGCAAACUUAAAAUCAUUUCCGUUUUAAUGACACUAGCACAGGAAUUUACAGAGCUGGCACCAGGAAAUGAAAGCAGGAAUUAAUUGCAACUAUAAUGGGUGGGCACACCCUUAACAUUAAAGAAUUCUGAGGAAUUGCAGAGUAUAGUCUAAUAGCAAAGUCGAUUAACUGGUCUUGUGUUUUAUACAAAAUGCUAAUUUCUCCAUGGAAUAAAUGACUGGAGUGCAUUGCAAACUAACAUUCAAAAACAAAUAAAAAUUCCCUGCUCACUUA